AUGGAGAAUGGUGGUUUUCCAUGGCUUUUCGUAUACGCCUUCAACGAGUUUACAAGAAAGUAUCAUUGGCAAAUGCUCGACUUAAAUCAUUCUACUUGGCACGCUAUACCCGAAAUGCCUUCUAUGCACCAUUUAUGCCCGGAUGGACUAAGAUGCGUCUCAAUCCCCAAAGAAGGGACUAUUUUUGUUUGUGGUGUUGUGUUUACGGUGUUUGAUAUCCCUUUGAACUUGGUUAUGAAGUACGAAAUGAGCACGAAUAGUUGGAGCACUAUGUUAAAGAUGAACACGUUAAUACCCUUUUCCGCAGAAAGUGGUGUGAUUGGAGGGAACAGCCCCAAUCUCUUUGAACCAAACUUUUAUAUAGUUUUGGAUGUGGAGGGAAAAUGGCAACCUAUUAGGAACUUGGGGGAGAAAAUCGGGUUAUAUGACGUGGCGGUUAUGGAAGAUAUGAUUCUAAUAAAAAGAGCUCCUGCAUCUCCCAAUUAUGAUGUACCUAAGGGAUAUGUGUUUUAUACGAGAACGCAUAUAUGGGGAUAUUAUUUUAGUCUUAAUUUGAGAAAAGGUUGGAUUGGAUCGAGCAUUGUGGUUUUGGGACAUUUGUUUGUUUUGUCGGAGGCAGUGUCUGAAAGGACAAGGCUUAAGGUUUUUGAUGAGAAGACUGAUUCAUUGAAAGAUGUAAUUGAGAAGAAUCCAUUUCCUGACCAUGUCAUAUGUAGGCCUUUUUCGAUUAGUUGUUGCGAUGAUAUGAUAUUUGUUGUCGGUCUCGAUCUUCGUGUCGCGGUUGGGAAUAUUGGUAAGAUUUCUCAAGAUCAAGACCAAGUGAGUAAUUGUGAUCAAAGUUGUGGUUUUUCAGUUAAUUGGGAAGUUGUUGAUGCGCCACGAAAUUCUGAUUUCUUAGGAUUCAAACCUUAUAAUUCUCAUAUUCUCUUAAAUUGA